GCUGCCGCCGGUCUCCCCAUGGCGAGCUGCUUCCGCGGCCCCCUCCCGGGGCGCCCCUCGCUGCCGCUGUUCCUGCUGCUGCUCCGCGUCUCCCUGGCGCAGGAGCGGGCGGCAGCCACGUCCCUGCUGAGCGGCUAUUUCGGGACCAAGUCCCGGUACGAGGAGGUGAAUCAGCACCUGCUGCAGGACCCGCUCUCCCUGGGGCCCCCGGACCCGGGGUACCUGCUGCCCUCCGCCGCCUGCGCCCCGCUGCAGCUCCGCGCCCUCAUCCGCCACGGCACACGCUUCCCCACCGAGAAGCAGAUCCGCAAGCUGGGCCAGCUGCACCGCCUGCUCCGCAGCCAGGAGCGGCCCUGCCCCGCCGCGCAGCCGUUCGCCCACUGGGACAUGUGGUACCACCCAGACAUGGACGGGAAGCUGGCGCCCAAGGGCCGCCUCGACAUGGAGCAGCUGGCCCAGCGUCUGGCCGCCCGCUUCCCGGGCCUGUUCUCCCGGCAGCGCCGCUUCGCCUUCGCCAGCAGCUCCAAGCACCGGUGCGUGGAGAGCAGCGCCGCCUUCCGCAAGGGGCUGCUGCUGGCCCUGCACGGGCAGCUCCCGGCCAGAGAUAUCGAGAAUGAGGAGACUGAGAUUAAUGACAAAUUAAUGAGGUUCUUUGAUCAUUGUGAGAAGUUUGUAACCUGUGUAGAAGAGAACGCUACAGCUAUGUACGAAGUGGAUGCCUUCAAACAGGGUCCUGAGAUGAAAAGGGUUUUGGAAAAAAUUGCGGCUACCUUGUGUGUCCCAUUGCGUGAUUUAAAUGCAGAUUUGGUCCAAGUUGCUUUUUUUACCUGUUCGUUCGAGUUAGCUAUUAAAAAUGUGAAUUCUCCUUGGUGCUCACUCUUCAAUGAAGAGGAUGCUAAGGUACUGGAAUACCUGAAUGACCUAAAGCAGUACUGGAAGAGAGGAUAUGGGUAUGAUAUCAACAGUCGUUCCAGCUGUAUUUUAUUUCAAGAUAUCUUCAAACACUUGGACAAAGCCAUUGCAGAGAGUAAAAGUUCCAUGCCCAUUUCUUCACCUGUAAUCCUGCAAUUUGGACAUGCAGAGACCCUUCAGCCACUGCUUGCUCUAAUGGGUUUCUUCAAGGAUGAGGAGCCCCUUGCUGCUAACAAUUACAAAAAACAAAUGCAUCGGAAGUUUCGUAGUGGUCGCAUUGUGCCUUAUGCCUCAAACCUGAUAUUUGUGCUUUAUCACUGUGACCAAGCUAAGACCCCUGAGGAGGAGUACCAAGUACAGAUACUGUUGAAUGAAAAGCUGCUGCCAUUUCCUCACUCGGAGGAAACUGUCUCUCUGUACACGGAUCUGAAGAACCAUUAUAAGGACAUCCUUCAAAACUGCCACUUCAGUGAAGAAUGUGAAUUAUCAAAAACUAAUAAUACUUCCACUGAUGAACUUUGAGGGAGAAGAAUAGAACAAAUAUCAUGGAAAUUGAUUUCUGGUAUGCAGUUUGGUAUGUGUGGUGAACAAGUGUUUCUCAUCAGUGUUGGUUUUUUAUUUCCUGCUCAUAUAUUCACAUUCUUAUCUUACAUCUCCAAACUAAUAAUAAAUGCUUAUUCCUAUGUCUUAAUUCAGGAAUUUCUUAAAAGUCUAAGUAUAUAUUGUCUCUAUUGCAUGAGCACAAUUUUGAAAAUAAUUUCUUUAAUUAACCUGGCUAUUGGGAUAAGCAUUUGUUACAAAUAUGAAGAUGCAAGGUAAAGUAUAUUUAUACAUUUAUAUGCAUUAAUAUAUAAUUAUUUAUAUUAUUCCUGGUUUUUGAGCUUGCACAGUAGAUAAGUUUAGAGGACCAGGACACUUUAGCUUACCAGAAUGGCACUUAGUGAGACUGAUGGCAUUUCCCUCUCAUCUGUCUCCCUUGCUGUAUCCUUCCUUCUGUUUCUUAGUGUUUCUCUGAUGUCACAGGCAUAAAAUGACCCUCUCCUAUUUGCUUAUUUUUACAACUAGAUGUUGGCUGCCCUUUCAAGGUUCAAUAAGGAAAGGGUACAAAGUGCUUUCUCCCCAACCACUGUCUAGGCAGGAGUCAGCCAUGAUUCUAAUUCCUGCACUCUUCUGAGCAUAGCAACUUCCUUGGAUAGUGCCCCCAUGGGUACUGUCCACCCAAAAAGAUGCAGGGGGGUGAAUUUCCAUGGCAUAAAGCCUUCUUCAGCCUACCUGCCAGAGCUAAUUGGUCACUGAGGGAAGCAUGUCCUGAAUUUUCUGAAGCCGUGCAGUGGCCGUUGCUCUGGAAGAUGUACCAAUCCUCUGCCAGCCUUAUAGGUCUCCUUCAAUUUCAUACUGUUUUUGUUUAACAGUUCAGGUUAAGGCAUACAAAUAUUGCAUGUUUGGCCCCAUUCAGACAGGAUUUCCUCAUCCUCUGACAAGUGGUGGUGAUAUUAUAGUAUAAUAACUAUCAGGCAGAGAUUUUUACUAUUAUUCUGGAGCCAAGUGCUAUCAAUGCUACCCAAAAGCUUGGGCUUUUUUGGGUAUGUCUACUUUGCAGCUGGGAGUGUCCUUCCCUGCUCGGGUCGACAGACGUACGCUAGUUACACUUGAGCUAGCGUGCUAAACAGUGGUGUAGCCAAGAGUAGCUUGGGUGGCAGCUCGGGCUAACCACCGGAGUACUAACCCACUGGACAUCCUGGAUUCAUACACGUUUGGCUAGCCCAAGCUACCACCUGUGCUGCCUUCAGCUACACUGAUGUUUUUUUCCAUGCAGCUCGAGCAGAGCUGACAUGGUCUGUCUACCUGAGCUGGGAAGCACACUCCCAAGUGGAGUGGAGAUGUACCCCCUGCCUAUGUGCCAGCCAAUCCUUGAAACAGGACUUUUAUUCUAAAAGAAUGGACUACUUAUUCCCUGAGUGCAGUAUUGCUAAUUUUUAAAGGAGAUUGUACCUGUAUUAAAGUAGGAUUAUUUGCCUCUGAAAAAUGUAAGAUACUGUAAAGAAAAAUGUAAUGUAAUAAAUGCAGAUAAUUACAAAGAGUAAAUGUCUGAAAUAGAAUACAGAUAAUGAAAACAGUCAAAUAGAAACCAUUAUCAUGGUUGUCUCAUUAGGCAGAUCAUAUUGAGAAAUGUCAAGAUCUAUUAGAAACCAAUGAAACUCAAGCAGUUGCAAAGUUAUAAGGAGUAAAAUUCUAAGUGCCUAAAUACCACUGUUUCACGUAGGUGCUCUUGAAAAUUUGCUCGUGUAGUCUGUUGUUCACAAGUCAUAUUGGUUAAUUGAAUGAGUAGGGUCAAAUCAGAUGAUAAAGUAACUUUUUGGAAUAUAAAAUUUGAACUCAAAAUAAUGUUGAAAUCAUUUGAUUUUAAUACUUUUUAAUGGAACCAUACCUAUAUUUUUAUCAUUUCAAUCUGUUUUACAAGGCUUAGCAUUAUGCUGGGCAGUACAAUAGUGUAUUAUAAAUAUGACAGUCUCAAUGAAGGGAUAAUGGUUUAUCACUAAAUGGAAUUACUAAAACGGUGGGUAUUUCUAAACAUUUGGAAAAGUCUUCAAUACAUUCUUAGUGAAAUAUUAGUACAUUAAUAAAGCUAAAUCACUGCAGUUAUCUUUUAAGUUAAUCAAGUACUGAUAGGAUGGAUAAGGAACGGCAUUCAUACUGAAGCAAAGGUGGCAAAGAAAUGAACUCUGUCAGUAUUUGUAUGAACUUUUCUGUUUUAUGUCCAUCUUCGUCUCAGCUUUUUCUCUUGCUUGGUCCUAUAUUGAAGCUAUAGUAGUAUAUGACUUCAGUUUAUUGUCAUAAUCCUUUUCAUAAUACUCAUUAUUAUGGGCUUUACUGCAGGAGCAAGUGGGGAGAAAAGCUAUGAAGAAUUAAACUUUUUCUAAACACACCUAGUUUAAAUACAAAGUAAGCAUAAGGAAUCGUGGAAAGCCACCCUGAAACAAAUAAUCUUCUAUUUCCAGGAAUGAGUCACCUUGUUUUAAUGAGAAUAUGUUCUGGUUUUGAACCUUAUGGGGUGAAAAGUUGGCCCCACUGAAGUCGGUGGAAGUUUUUUCCACUUCUAGGAGCCAGGAUUUCACCCAUGAAGUUUAUUAAAAGGGCUAAGAUGACAAAACUGGAGUCUGUACACAAACCCAUUGGACAUAAGCCUCCUAUAACUAAAGCAGCUACCUUUCUCAUUCACUUAAAUUUGCUCCAAGAUGGAGGUACUAUUGAGUAGUCCCAUCCACUGUAGUGCAUGGAGGUUUUUUUUUUU